UGUGACAUUCGCGUAAACAGGAAGCAGCUGAUUUUUUACUUCACCCUGCUCUCAUUUAGUAAUGAUUAGAGCUGUGUCCUCUAAAACAAAUAUAAACCGUUCUCUAAGUUUACCUGGACACCAGUAGCUGUUAAGUCAUUUAGGACUGGGUGAAACUGCUCCGCAGGAGAAGUGCUGCAGAAACAGACCGAAGUCAUCUGACCUGCAGCUCAGGAAAAUCUUCACAGCCGUGUCUCCUCAGGGGGAUGUCAAGCUCAGCGAUGAAGAAAAAGGUGUUACUGAUGGGGAAGAGUGGGUCUGGAAAGACCAGCAUGAGGUCAAUCAUCUUUGCCAACUACAUAGCUCGGGACACACGUCGCCUCGGAGCUACAAUUGAUGUGGAGCACUCCCAUGUUCGGUUUCUGGGCAAUCUGGUCCUAAACUUGUGGGACUGCGGAGGACAAGACACGUUUAUGGAGAACUAUUUCACGAGUCAGAGGGACAACAUUUUCAGGAAUGUCGAGGUCCUUAUUUAUGUGUUUGACGUUGAGAGCCGUGAGCUGGAGAAAGACAUGCACUACUACCAGUCAUGUCUGGAGGCCAUCCUGCAGAACUCGCCUGAUGCCAAAGUGUUCUGUCUGGUGCACAAAAUGGACCUGGUCCAGGAAGACCAGAGAGAUUUGAUCUUUAAGGAGCGUGAAGAAGACCUGAAGCGGCUGUCUAGACCUUUGGCUUGCACGUGCUUCAGGACAUCAAUCUGGGAUGAAACAUUGUACAAGGCCUGGUCCAGCAUAGUUUAUCAACUCAUCCCAAACGUCCAGCAGCUGGAGACGAACCUGAGAAAUUUUGCACAGAUCAUAGAAGCAGAUGAGGUUCUUCUGUUUGAGAGAGCCACUUUCCUGGUAAUCUCCCACUAUCAGUGCAAAGAGCAGCGCGACGCUCACAGGUUUGAGAAGAUCAGUAACAUCAUCAAACAGUUCAAGCUCAGCUGUAGUAAACUCGCAGCUUCGUUCCAAAGCAUGGAAGUUAGAAACUCCAACUUUGCGGCCUUUAUCGACGUCUUCACCUCCAACACUUACGUCAUGGUGAUCAUGUCAGACCCCUCUAUUCCGUCUGCGGCGACGCUCAUCAACAUCCGAAACGCGAGGAAACACUUUGAGAAGUUGGAGCGGGUGGACGGACCCAAGCACAGCCUGCACAUGCGGAUGCGUUAGCCCACGCUUGAUUCCCAGCGGAUACUCUCAGCCAAUCAAUGCACAGAGCACAGAURGCAUGUUGCAGCCUCGAAAGCUCUGAUAGAUAUAAACAGCCCGACAUCAUUUCUGCUCUAUCUUUACAUUCAAUCAACAGUCAUUCUGGGAGAAUCUUAGUUUUUGUUUGUCUAAUUUCUACAGGGAUCAGAAGUAUCCUGAACAGUGGUACGCUCUGAUGAAAUAUUUAUGCUUAGUUGACACAUGAAGCAGUUAAAAACGUGUUUACCAUGAAGGCCUUUCUUUUCUCACUUUGUUGUAUCCAUCGGAUUUAUAUAGUCAGUGCAGUGUGUCCCAGUGACACCGUUUGAUUUUUCAACUGCGGUUUUUAAAUGGUCACAAAAAAUAUAGUUAUAUUUAGAAGCCUAA